CUCUCUCUCUCGUCUCCCCAGCUAGCUACUUGUGUAUAUAAGCCAAUGGCAAGUCGCCAUUGAAGCCCAUCUUGUUGCUUCCGAACUCGCUCAUCCUUCCCAAGAAAACUACACUGAAAAGCAGUAGGAUAGCAUACCACAAAGGUGCUGGUGGUUGACAAAUGGCAAGCUUCCCACACUUCACGCAGAUGGAGCAUGGCCUAGCCGGUGCCUCCGCCCAUGGCACGCCGAGCUUCUUAUUCUGCCAUGGCGCAGCCACGGCAGAUUCAGCCUCGCUGGAGACCUCAUCUGGUGUUCUCGACACCUCCCCACAAGGCACUGCUUCUGACGACAAGAAGCCCAGGAAGCCCAGGGAAGAUAGUGCCAGCUUCAGCUCUGCUCACUCCAAGGACUCAAACUCAAAGGAAAGCACCAAAAAGAAGGGAGGAAAAAGAGACAGAAGCAGCAAGGAGGUAGAUGAGGAGGAGCCCAAGGGGUACAUACAUGUCAGGGCAAGGAGAGGGCAAGCCACAGACAGCCACAGCCUUGCAGAGAGGGUGAGGAGGGAGAGAAUCAGUGAGAGGAUGAGGGUGCUGCAGGCCCUGGUCCCUGGCUGUGAUAAGGUCACUGGUAAAGCCCUCAUUUUGGAUGAGAUCAUCAAUUAUGUGCAGUCCUUGCAGAACCAAGUUGAGUUCCUUUCCAUGAGGAUUGCUUCACUGAGCCCUGUGCUGUAUGGUUUUGGCAUGGACACUGAUGCUUUCAGUGACCAUACUCAAGUAUGCAACACCUCACAAUAUCGCCCUUGUCUUUUGCAUCCCCUCUUAUCAUGGCGUUCACAAAAUCACAAACUUCCAAUUCACGUGUUUCAGAAAAUCGAAGGAAUGCUCCACCAUGAGGCUCUUGGAAUGCCUAGCUCUGUCCUGAACAGACCUCCAUCUGAAACUCACAUGGACACGCACAACUCCACCUCCUCCCCAUCCUACGAGGUCCACGGCGAUGGCGGCACCAGCAUCUCUUUCCCUCAGGACAAUGGCAGCUACAUGGUGCAAACAGUAGGUGAGCCAAGGCAAGAGCUGUUCAAUCAAGUGGUGUUCAGUAACCACAUGUGCUCUUUCCAGUAGGGAGAGAGCGAAUGAAAGGGCGACAGGAGGCAAUAAUGUUGAGAUCUAUGGAGGUGGAAGCUGCCACCAGAUGAGUUUGUGAUGUUGGACGCAAUCCAUCCCCUUGUCUGGUGGCCAUAACGGGGACCUGCAUGCAGUAGCUAGCAUUACAUUAGCAGCAGUAGUAGUAGACUUGGUUACAUCCUGUUAGAUUUGAAGUCUCUGUCGGUAUCACCUCAUCUAGGCACUGUUGCUCUUGGGCUCUUCCCAAGGGUUCCAUGCCAUUGUACUCUCCACUUGCGAAAAAGAAAAAAAAAAAUCAUUUGUUCA